CUUUCAGUUGGUCACGGUCUCUGCUUGUUUUUUGUAAAAUUUUCCAAAACGAGUUGACGAGUGAAAGUCUGCUUAUGAAAUUUGACUUUUGUAAUCUUUUUUAACAGUUUCCCAUUCUUUAAACGAAAUGUCACCUUGAAAUUAAUGCAAUGUUGAAAGUUGCAAGCAAACUGUCGGUUGUCAGUUGCAGUCGGUCGUCAAAUUCGGCGUCGGUAUUGAUUGUUGAUUCGGCGGGUCCUUGCAACAAAGCGCUGUCAGACGUUAUUGAGGUUCUCCAGGGAAGGUGGUUGUCAAGUUCGUCUGGCGGCCCAACGCAAUUGAAAGACAAGACAAACAUCAACAAUCAUCGUCAACAACAGGCUCAUGAAACUCGUCCCCCAGACCGAUCAAUCACUUACUACUAUCUGCAGGCUGACAUCGAUAGCGCCGCUGAAAAACCCCAAAAGCCGAUAUCACUCUUCAAACUUUUGAAAUCUUCAUUCAACAAGGACCAUCUCAUUAAGAAUGCACGUUUCCUUCAACAAGAACUACCAAUCAGAGUGGCCAAAAGAGUUGUUGCCUUUCAUAUGCUGCCUUUCAUUGUUGCAUCUAAUCCCUCCUUGCUGAGAUGUCAAGAACUCUACACUUCGUCGUUUCAACUCUUGAAAAGUUGUGAACCAGUGACGAACACAUCAACAGAGGAGCAGUUCAGUGAGACGAUCCAAGAGAUGUUGGACUACCAUAAGGAAGUCGUGUCGCUUCUGUCGCAAGGUUUCAAAGAGGCUGGAAAGUAUAUUGAGGACAAAAAGCUCAUCGCGACUUUCCUGGACGACAUGAUGAAGUCAAGACUUGGCAUGAGAUUGCUGUGCGACCACCACCUACAAAUACCGAUUGAAAGGGUCAGUUAUGUCGGUAGCAUUGAGAUGAAGUUCUGUGUGAGAGCCCUUGUGGAACGUAAGGCCAGGGAGACUAAACUACAGUGCGAACGCAAAUAUGGGUCGUCACCGGAUGUCGAGGUCAAGGGUCACAUGGACGCCACCUUCAUGUACAUCAGUCCGCCACUCGACUACGUACUUAAUGAGUUGCUGAAGAAUGCAAUGAGAGCGGUGAUGGAGUCGAAGAGCAGAUCUUCCAUUAAGAGCCUACCCCCUGUCAUCGUCACCAUUGUCAACAACGACACUGACUUUUGCAUCAGGAUAAGCGACAGAGGCGACGGCAUCCGACACGACAUCGUCGAUCGGAUCUGGCAGUACGGCUUCACCAGCGUCAACCACCAGCUUCACGAGCGACACGAUGGAGGCGCCUUUGACAUCAUGAGCGAGAACAGGACUGCUGGCAUCAUUUAUGGUUUCGGUCUGCCAGUUUGCAGAGCCUUCAUUGAACAUUUGGGUGGUUCUCUCAAGCUCAUCACCAUGCAGGGAAUCGUUUCUGAAGUGCCAUUUCCGCGAUGUUCAACAGCGCUCCUCAAUGAAUUUUUUAAACGUAUGGUUUUUGAGAUCCGCUCUGUGAAGUUCGCAAGUGGUGACGGAGGAGUUGAGACUUGCAGAGAAAAGAGCCAGAAAAGCAAACGCAGAUUCAGCACAAAUUGUCAACAAGUCAUUAGAAAUGAUUAUGUCUUAAAUUAUAAGUAUAUGCAGCACGAUGUCGUUCUUCUUAAAUGUGAGUUUCAGAGCUUACUGUGUGAAACAAUAUCCCCAAUCACAGCUGUCCGAAAAGUAAAGAAGUUUGCCGUUAGUCGUUGA